AUGUUACUCGCAGUAUCGUCGUUGGGAAUGGCUCUGUGCAGCGUCAUCGGAGAGGCGCUCAUCAUCGAGACCGGUCGCAGGCAGUCCAACGACCAGGUCACCAGGACCAUUUCCACAUUCUGCGCCUUCAGAAAGAUAACCUUCGCAGGAAUGUCGUAUCUGUCCAGUGUGCUCAUCAUGAUGAUGCCGAAACAGCAACUGUUCUUGAUGUGCUCCCUCAUCCCACUCAUUGUCGUCGUCAGCGCCUUUUUCAUAGUGGAGGACUACACCCACCCGCAACUGUCCAUUAAGGAGCAGUGGACAAAACUUGUGAAUUUCGUUGGCAAACCCGAAAUCAAGAAACCCAGCACGUUCCUGUUCAUCAGCAUGUUGGUACCAUCAGCAGGAACUGCACUGUUCUACUUCAUGACUGAGGAGCUGCAUUUCGACCCCGAGCUUUUCGGUAGAUUUGCGGCCAUCCAGGCCUUCGCCAGCCUCAUCGGCGUGUACUGCUACGCCUACAUUUUCCGCGAUUGCAGCAUCAGGAAGCUAUUUGUGUGGACUACUCUGCUGGUUUCGAUGUGCUGUAUGCUGAGCAUCGUGCUCGUGGAGAGAUGGAACCUGAAGCUAGGGAUCCCGGACACGGCGUUCGUUAUCACCGACAGCUCCCUGUUGCAGCUGGUUGGAGAGAUAAAUUCGCUGCCCAUAUUUAUCAUGGCGACGAGGUUGUGCCCGCCCGGCAUUGAGUCUAGUAUGUAUUCGUUCUUGUGGACCGCGCAGUUCCUCGGCCUCGACGUCAGCACCUACCUCUCGUCGCUGCUGACGUACGCCUUCGGAAUCAGCGCGAACCACUUCGGCGGACUCGUACACCUCAUCGUGUUCUGUGCCAUCGCGCACAUCAUACCGAUUUUCUACGUGCACCUGCUCCCGGACACCAUCCCUAAGACCAUGGAGGACGACGAGACCGAAACCCAGCCGUGUCUACAGGAUGCUCCGUUCGAAGGGCGGGGCACACCCACCUUCGACAGCGAUGCUGCUGAACAGGGAAGAGAAAUGUAA